AUGUCUUCACUUCAAAGCAACCAAUUUGCUAACGUAACAGUCGAUUAUUAUCUUCCAGUUUGGGCUGCAUCAAUGUCUAUUGGAAAUUCGACAUUGUACAUUUGUUGUUUUAUUAUCUAUUUGAUGUGUUUGGCUGGUUUUAUCAUUCGAGUGUCGAGAAGACAACAAGCACAACAACAAUUGAAGAAAAACCACAAAAUUCUCUUUUCUCUUGUGGUGAUUCAAGUUUUAAUUCAAUGUUUUAAUUUGACGGUGCGUUUGAUUGCUGACAGCAUGGCGAUAAGGAUGAGACAAAUUGCCGAAAGUGGACAAUUAGUAGCAUGGAAUUUUUUCCUCGCGACAAAUAUUUUGACAGGUUUAGCUACGUUCUUCAUGUUUACUAACUUUGUCACGUUGUUUGUCAUUCUGUUUUUUGUCCAAAAGAUGUUCUGGAAAACUGCUUUAUUGACUCGAGCAAUCUCCAAGAUUGCACACCGAAGAAUAGAGAUAUUAAUGAAUGUCGUCACUGUCAUAUUUUGUAUUGGAGUUGAGCUCAUUGUUUGUCUUGCAACAACAUUUUAUAUUUUGAGAAAGCUGGAGAUGGUCACCAAAACAGUCGCCAUUGGAGUGUACGUUGGAUGUAUUGUGAUUGUCCUAGGAAUGCUUUUAUUUGAUACGGUGAUGGCUGUGACAUCUGGCGUUUUAGUGAUUAGAACCAUCAAGGAAACAACUCGAGAGGUCGCUAAAUCUGCUCAACUCUCAAGAAUUUCAAGCUUUUCAUCUGAUUUUAAAAACUUUGAAAAACGAGUUCAGUCUCCCUUUAAGAUUACUUUUGGGUUACUUUUGGGUUUAAUUAUUUGUGUCUUUUUGGAAAUGGUCGCUGUGGCACUUUCUCAAAGUAUUAACGAUUUUGAAAAUUUCAAAUCCCUUUGGCAUUUUGUGAAUUGUCUAGGAGUUCUCGUAUUUGCGGUCCUUGUGUUGUGUUUGUUUUAUCCAAUGUUUGGUGGUACAGAUCGAGCCAUCAUGGAGAUUGAAAAACGUCAAAAACAUCUCAUGAAUGCCCUUCAUGAAACAACGACCAAUCGUCUCAUUUCAAACGUGAUCAUACCCUCAUCGAAUGGAUCCAGUAGUGAUAGCGCUACGAUGGUUGCAAGUUCGCCAAUCACACCUGUCUCCUCUCCUUCUAACAGCUCUACAGUUUUAAUUCCAGAAAAACGAUGUGACGAAAUGGAUGAUAGCCAAAUGAGUUCCCAUGCUGGUGACAGCCAUGAAGAUUCGUCAAUGGCAAUGGACAAGACUCAAAGUGACACCAACCAAUCGAAUAUUCAUGCGGUGAAUAUUCACCAAAAUGUGGAUAUGAAUUUAGACGACAACAAGGUGAUACCAUUUCGCCAAUUAUCUCAAACUUCAAUAAGUUCGAUUGAAGGACACAAUACCAGUAUGAACACGACGGUUAUUUAG